UGGGUGCCCUGCUUAAUGGCAUCUUGGUGCAGUUCCCCCUGAAAGUGGAGACUUCCAUGAAAUGGUGUGCCAGGCCUGCAUGAAACGUUGCCAUUUCCUAUGGGCUUAUGCAUCACAAUUAGCAGUUCCUCCUUUGACCAAAACGAGCUCCCUUGAAGAUGAAGGGGUUGUCCUGAAGGUAGAGGAAAGUGAAGAGCAGAAGAAAGAAAUAAAAAAAGAAAGUGGAGUGGAACACCACGACACAAAGGAGGAAAAGCAAUCGGAACAAUUUAACGAACCAUCCACUAGCUCUGGUUCGGCCUGUCCUGAGGUAGUUACUAAGAGCGAGGAGCCAGUCUGCAAGCUGAAAGAGCUCCAAAGCAAGCCAUUUGUAAAAAAAGAUACUGCCACCUUUUGGCCAUCGAACUGGAGGAGCAAAUUGUGCACUUGUGAAGACUGUUUGAAAAUGUAUUCAGAGCUUGAAGUCCAGUUCCUGACAGAUGAAUGUGACACUGUCUUGGCUUAUGAAAAUAAAGGUACCAGUGACCAAGAGACAGAGAGGAGAGAUCCUUUAAUGGACACCCUUAACAGUAUGAACAGAGUCCAGCAAGUGGAACUCAUCUGUGAAUACAAUGAUUUAAAGACAGAACUGACUGACUAUCUCAGGAGGUUUGCAGAUGAGGGAACGGUGGUUAAAAGAGAAGACAUUCAGCACUUCUUUGAAGAAUUUCAGUCUCGGAAAAGGCGACGGACUAACCGGAUGCAGUACUACUGUAGUUAGACUGAGAGGGUUUGGGUCUGAAAGGACACGUGGCAAAACAAUGUUCACUGGCAAACAGAAAAGGCAUCUUCAGUUUUUGGCUUCUCAUCAAAAUCCAGCUGUCCAACAAACAUCAUCAUUUUGUCUUAUACGUCCUUCAUUUGUAGCACCUAAAACAUGUUCUUAACAAAUCCUUACAUUGCACUUAGAGGGAUUUCAGUACCGAUGGACUCGGCAUUCCCGGGAAAGCCGGCCUUGUCUCCAGGGGAGGAGGGCGGGUACCGGAGCAGCGCGUCCUGCUGCUUCCCGUUCGCCGCUCCCCUGGGUACUGCCGGGGCCCGGAGCCGUGCCUGUGCUAAACCCGCCCUGCCCUGCCCUUCCCUCGGCGGCUUUCCUGCUUGAAUGGCUCUGCCUCCUCCCUUGGGGCUGCAGCGAUUCCGGUGUGGGCCCCAGCACCAAGGAGCUGCCUGCUCCUGCCGGGCUGUGGCUGAACCUGCGCUGCUGCCUGCCUGCUCCCGCUGGGGAAACGCUCCCCGGGCUGCUCACGAAUGGGAAAGCAGAGCUUAGGCUUGAUGCUACAGAGUGUUCUGUCUGGUUUUAUACAUUAAAAAAACCUUAUUUCUAGUAUUGGAUGAGGGAUGAUUUCUGUGGUAAAAAAAGUUCCGGAUGAUCUUAAUUUGUUCAUCAGAACAUAAACAAGAGCUAGGAAGAGGUACUAAAUUACAGACUAAGCAUCAGGGGUUUGUUAUAUGCUUUGAUUUUAAAAACUAGCCUACAGCAAAUUCUUCUACUUUAUAAAUGUUGCUGAAAACACUGCAGCAUCCUGGUAUUUUGCUACAGUAUGGAAUGUUCUUUUUAUAACCACUGUGAUAAUCAUGGGACAGGAGAUGUUUCACUGACUUUUAAGACUACACAUAGCUGCAAUUAAAAAUUAAGAUUUUGUAAGUUUGGAGCCUAAUGUAGUUAGACACCCAAAACAUACAUUAAAUUUCUAGUUUCUGAGAAUUUCUAUAUCCUGGGGUACUAUUCUGCUUCCAUGUUAAUGGUUUUUGAAAAGCAAAGUAGACUUAUCAUGCUCACUAUUAACUGUUUCUGACCAUUUUAUUUACAAACAGUAGUUUAGCAUAGAUACUCAGCUGAGCAGUUUCAUAGAACAUAGACGAUGCUGAGUUGGAAGGGACCCACAAGGAUCACCAAGUCCAACUCCCUGCCCUGCACAGGACCAUCCCCAUGAGUCACACCACGUGCCCAGGAGCAUUGUCCAAGCACUUCUUGAACUCUGUCAGGCUGGUGCUGUGACCACUGCCCUGGGGAGCCUGUUCAGUGCCCAGCCACCCUCUGGGUGAAGAACCUUUUCCUGAUAUCCAACCUAAACUGCUCCUGACACAACUUCAGGCCAUUCCCUCAGUCCUGCCUGUCACUGGGCACCACAGAGAGGAGAUCAGUGUCUGUCCCUCCUCUUCCCCUCACAGGAGGAUGUAACUGCAGUGGGGUCUCCCUCAGUCUCCCCCAGGCUGAGCAGACCAAGUGACCAAAGUUGCUCCUCACACGGCUUCCCCUCCAGGCCCUUCACCAUCCUUGUGGCCUCCUUUGGACACUCUCUGACAGCUUUGUAUCUGUUUUAUAUUGUGGUGCCCAGAACUGCCCGCAGCACUUGGGGCACCAGUCCCAGUGCAGAGCAGAGCAGGACAAUUCCCUCCCUCGCCUGCCUGGUGAUGCUGGGCCUGAAGCACCCCAGGACAUGGGUGGCCCUCCUGACUGCCAGGGCACUGCUGACUCAUGCUCAAUGUGUCAUCGACCCUCAGGGCCCUUUCCUAUUUGCUUUUAAAUUUAACUCUGGGUAUUGUACAUGCUCUUUUUUUGGUAGCAACUGUUACAGGAGCUGUAACUGCACAUCUGACUACAGUAUAAAAAGAUUAAAAGAA